AGAACUUGUGAACAUGAUCUCUGUGACUUUGACCCAUAUCUCAAUAAGAAACACCUUACUGAAACAUUAACACUUGUUGUUGCGCUCUUCCAUGAACAAGAUUGUCAGAAUAAGGACACUAGUUUUGUAGACUCCAGGCUAUUUCCUGACUGUUGUGAUGAAGAAAUUUGGAAUGACAGUAAUGAUGAUACAAGUGAAAGCAAGAUUGUUCAGGAUGCAAGAACUACUGAAAAAAAAUUCCAUAGAAGAACAAGAAAGGAAGGUGGAAUAAGCUUAAGAAUGUCUGGUGAUUCAUGUCUAGACCAAAACUCAAGCACAGGUGUAACAAAUUCAUUAAGAGAAUUAAGUCUUGCAAACAAUUCAGGAGGUUUUGCAGAUUCUGAAAUAUCAUCAUUCUCAGUACCAACAGGUAGAACAAAAGAAUGUGAAAAUAAAGUGAUUUCUGGUUAUACAUUCAGGGAGGAAGCAGAGGCAUUGUAUUUGCUAGUAAACUUUGGAAAUGAAGAAGUAUUGAUGCAUGCAUUUCAGCUUCAAAAAAAGAUAAG